GUAUUUUUCCAUCAAUUAUAGUAUAAAAAUCUAAAUUGAAUGGUAAUUAACAUAUAGAAAUACAUAUCUCACAAUUAGAAUAAGAAGAAAACGGGUAAAUAUCAAUAUAAAAGUACUUACUUCUUACGAUUUUCGCAACAAAACACUCCCUUAGUUGUAGUAGCUGCAAAGUGAUUUUUUUCGAGUGUUGCUAGCUGUUAAGUUUUAAAACUACCAGUUACGUUCUAGAGUGUUGUCAUCAAAGAAAAAUAUAACAAUUUUUUUCUACCUUGUACUCCAGGCUAACUCUUAAUAUAUUGAUUUUACAUUCGAGAGGCCAAUCAUUGAGGGGGGGCCAACAUUACUACUGCUUACCCUACAUAUAACUCAAUGCCUACAGGUAGGUACAUAAGUCACGCAGCACUCUUUCAUUAAGUAGGUACCUACAUAUCUACCUAUGAGGUACUUUAUGAACAUUAACAACAAUAACAUUUAAGUUAAAACACACGCACUGGAAUAAUGAGAAACUGAUUACUUACCAUUUCUUGUAAUUAAUGAAUUUGCAGCAACAAUUUUUAAGAAUACUUAUAAAGGUACACUUACAAACACAUUACAAGUAGAAAGAAAUAUUAGUUUUUUAACUUAGAACUAUGUUAUGAUAUCGCUUGUUUGCGAGAAGCUUGACAUAAUUCAAAAAUCAGCAGUUUUGAGUUAAGUAUACAGGUGAACGCAGAAAAUUUUGUUCUAUUUGCUGCAAAAACGACAUUACGCUAAGUACAAAAAUGAGAGAGCGAGAGAGGUUGUGCCCUUAUGUUCCGUCGCAAUCUUACUGCUGCUUUGUUUCGAGACCGUAGCAUCUCAGUUAGCGUGGAAACGUUUUAGAUUGUGCACGUGCUUGAUUUCAGCGACGACGACAAAUGUUGUGUUACGACGUUCUUUUUACAAGGUAAGUCAAUAAUAUCACGUAACCCUUUAAUAGAAAGAUGUCAUUACUAUACUUAUGACGACCUUUUAUUUGAAAUACGUUUAAAAAACCACCGUCAUAUUUUCCGUUAAGUCGUUCUUUCUGGAAACACAAACAGAUACCGACAGUCAUAAUUCGUUAUUGUACAUUUUUGAUAGCAAAAAUAAAUCAAUAGACUAUUUCAAUAAUGUCAUAUUAUAAGUUACAUUGUUAUUGUUGUUAAAGUCACAGAAUAUUUCUUGAUGUUAUUUGCACUAUUUUAUAUUAAGUCAUUAUUGAUAAUAAUAAUUUUAUGUUUAAGGUACUUCUUUGAUAGUCAUGGAUUCCAGUUUAAGAAAUAGCAGAGGGAGAAAAAUAUUGGCUUUAAUUAAUCACCGUGUAGAUGGACCUCCGAAAACAGUGUCAGAUGAAAAAGAAAACGAUGAUACCAAUGAAAUUGAGGGCAAUGUUUCUUCAAAGGAACAUAGCAGUGGAAAUACUCAACGCAGUCGCUCCAACAGCUCCUCUUCCUCGAGCUCUUCCAAUAGCAGCACAAGUCCUUCAUCAUCUACUUCAUUCAUUGAAGAUAGUGAUGAUUCCGUCAAGGAUCCUCCCUACCAACCACCUGACAGUCAAGCCCCCGUGUCUCCAAUAAUGUUUGACUACUUUAGUGAAAAUGAUAAUGAACAAUUUAGACAGUUGCCGGUACAAUCAGAUUUAGUCAUAAGCAGUGACGCUAAUCAUGUUCCAGAUCAAGAAAAUGCAAUAAAGAAAAGAGGAAAACGUAAAAGAGAUGAAAAUAACUGGCAAAAGAAUGUUAUGAAAAAACUAAGAAAUGAAGGAAAAUCCUAUGUGAGUACUUCUAAAAAAAUUGUACCAGCGCGUAAAAUUAAAAAUGCCUGUUUUGAAAAAUGCAAAUUGAAGUGCAGCACAAAGUUUACUGAAGCUGAAAGAAUGUCUAUAUUCGAUGAUUAUUGGUCGCUAGGCAGUAUUUUAAAACAGUGGAAUUAUAUUUCUAAUUGUAUAGAGGAUAUAAAACCUAAGUAUCGCUAUGUACGUGAAGGUGGCACCAGAGAAAAGCGCCGGUACAAUAGUGCAUUUUAUUUUAAUUUGCAUGAAGAAAAAAUAAGAGUCUGCAAAUUGUUUUUUAAAAAUACGCUUGGAAUCACAGAUCGACCUAUCCGAACAGUCUUAGAUAAAAAAAUAAAGUUGCAGGGAAUCUUUUAGCAGACGAUAAUAGAGGGAAACACAAAAAUCACGCAAAAGUUGAUGAUACUAUCCGUAAAGCAAUAAAGGAACACAUUGAUUCUAUUCCCAGAAUGGAUUCCCAUUAUUGUAGAGCCACCUCUUCCAAAGAAUAUAUAGAUGGUGGUAGAUCAAUUGUCGAUAUCCAUAAAGAUUACAUAGAAAUCUGUAAGUCUAAAAACAUUCCAUAUGGGAAUUAUACUCUGUUCUACAGAAUUUUUACGGAAGAAUAUAAUAUUUCACUAUUCCAACCAAAAAAAGAUCGUUGUGAUUGUUGUGUUGCUUAUGAUAACUGUGAAGGCGAAGAAAAAGAAAAGAAGAAGCAAGAAUAUGAUACGCAUUUAAAAGAGAAAGACCUAUGCCGAGCAGAAAAAGUCAAGGAUAAGGAAAAUAAAGAUGCAGUUGUCGCUGUUUAUGACAUGCAAGCUGUGUUCCAAUGCCCCAAAGGGGAUAUCUCAUUAUUUUAUUAUGUAAGCAAGUUAAAUGUCUUUAACUUCACUAUAUACGAUCUUCAUUCUAAAGAUGUAGAAUGUUAUGUUUGGGAUGAAGCUACAGCCAACAGGGGCGUUAAUGAUCUGGGCACCUGCCUAUUUAAAUAUUUACAAAAUCUGGCCCAAAACAACAGCACAGUGGAUGUAAUAUUUUAUACCGAUAACUGUGUGGGCCAGUAAAAAAAUAAAAUUAUGUUGUCUAUGUACAUGUUUGCUGUGCAACAUUACCCAAACAUAAAAACAAUUACUCACAAAUAUUUAAUUAAGGGACACACCCAAAACGAGGGUGACUCUGCGCAUUCCCUCAUUGAAAGGCAGUUUAAAAAGCAAAUCAGAAGUGGUCCAAUGUACACCCCUGAGGCCUUUAUUAGUGCAAUCAAAGUUGCUAGAUCAAACCCUACACCUUUUCGGGUAAAUAAAAUGAACAAUGAUGAUUUUCUCGAUUGGAAAGAUGUCUGUUCUCAAAUGGGUGUAAACAUAACAAAGGAUGAAGAAGGAAACACUAUCAAAUUUGCAGACUUGAAAGUUGUGAAAGUAGAUAAAAAUCAUCCUCGAGCCAUAUUUUUUAAAACUUCUUAUGAACAGCAAGAAUUUAAAAAAGCAGAAGUGAUAAGAAAGAAAAAUCUGUAGAUGUUGAAGUGAAAAAAGCGUAUGACGUAAAACCAGGAUUAAUUAAGAAGAAAAAAGACGGUUUGUUGGAGUUGAUCAGAAAAAAUGCCAUUCCCAGAUAUUACGCUCCUUUUUAUAACUCUCUUUAAAGUCGUAAUUUAAACAUUAAGUUGAUUUUUUAAAUAUUUUUUUAAUCAGAUACGUAAGUAAAAUGUUCUUCAUCUUAGGAUAAGUCCAAUUAUUUGCUAUAAACAAUGCUUCAGUGAUUUAAAGUUUAUUUGAAAGUUAUUAUUAAAUUAGAUAAGACCAAUGUUAAAGUGAUUUAAGUUUAAGUGUAAGUUAUUGUUGAUUAUUUUAUUUCUUAAGUACCUAGUUAAGUUACCUACAGUAAAUGUUGUGUCUAUUUAACUAUAAAUUAAAAGGCUGAUGA